AUGGAGGGUGCCCUCCAUGGAUCUUGGAGGCGCCUUCGGGUGAAUCAGCAGCGGACGCCGCAGAAGCUCAUCGACACUGUGGACUCGGGCUGGAGGAGCCUCCUAUGGAGGAAUCCCCCCGCGGCCUACCUCUCCCUCAACAUCUCGCUGCUCUUCAUCGCGGACAACCCCAACAAGGUGGGAAUCCGGUACGAGGCGACGGCACUCGAUGUGAUGUACCACGGCGUGCCGCUCGGCGUGGUGACGGUGUCGGGCUUCGAGCAGCCCGCGCACAACAGCCUCCUCGUCCAGACCCACGUCGCCGUUGACCGCUUCAACGUGCUCCAGGCAGACGCGCUCAACCUCGUUCGCGACGCCGCCAUCAACGACCGCGUCGACCUUCGCCUCACCGGCAACGUCGCCGCCAAGAUCCUUCUCCUCGACAUAUCCACCCCUAGGGUUCAGAUUAACAGAUAUACUGUGGUAGGUGUUUUGUCUCAGUCUCAAGCCGACAAUCCUUUUUGA